AUGUCUACUGCUCGAUUGUCCGCGUUAUGGGCGCGGGAACUCCGCAGCUCCCAAAGCCAAUGCCUCCAGCGCCAGUUCAACCAGCGCGCAUAUCUCUCCUCCACGACCUCAACCCCCGUCCGCGUCGGCAGUGCUAGUCGCAAUGCCAAUGCUACUUCAAAGUCACCACUCGCCACCUCGACACCUACGCGCUCUUAUUCCCAGGGCUCCGCUAUCUCCCGCCUCGCCAAGAGCGCCUUGUCCCCCGGCGCAUCGGCCGAAACCUACAUCGCAUACGGCAUGACCCAGAAACUGUUCCAGGCAUGCUCAAGUCAGGCAGACUAUGAAGUGCCACAAGCUUCGCAGAAGGGUGUCCCCGUGCCGACCACAGAGUCCGGCGAGCAUCUCGGUGUUUCCGAGAGCUGGUGGUAUAAAGGUGAGCUGGACCUGAGCUUUGCUUUGCAACUCGGCCUCGUCCCAACAUUCUCAACCUGGUCCCAAAUCACCUUCCUACAUAUGUACCUCCUCACCGUGCGCCUGCGCGCCCUCCCCAACCGCGAAAGUUUCCAAACUUACUCCCGCCACUUAAUCGAUCACUUCUCGCACAACGCCGAGCACCGCAUGGACGAUCUGCAUGAUAUCGGCUCCCGCUCUAUCCGCAACAAGUACCUCAAGGACCUCUUCAUUCAAUGGCGUGGUAUCAUCGCCGCCUACGACGAGGGUCUGGUUAAGGGUGAUGCCGUGCUUGGUGCCGCGGUGUGGAGGAAUUUGUGGAAGGCGGAGGCUACGGGGCCCGAUGGGAAGGAGCUUGAUUGGAGGAAGGUUGCUUGGGUGGUGGCUUAUAUGCGCCGGGUGACGGCGCAGUUGGCGAAGAUGGAUGAGGCGGAUAUUGUGAUGGAGUUGAGUGGGGCGAGUGGGCAGGAGUCGAAGAUCUUUGGGUUUUCGCCGUUGGAUCGGAAGUUGGUUGAGGGGUUGAAAUGA